AUGACAGGUGACUGCAUAAGCGAUGGAGGGGGUGCUGCCCCUCCUGGGCACCCUGGAGGUGACGUGGCGGACAGCGGCGUUAAAGAGGGACCCAUGUUGGGUCCCCCCAUGCCUCCGCCUAUGUGCAUGCCGGGGUUGGUGGGGUGCAGAAUACCGGGUGGGGGAUGGAGGGAGGCGCCACUGGGUGGCAUGGGGUGCGCGUGCGAAUGGGCGGCCAUCGACGCGGGCAGCGAUGUUAGGGACAUGUCCACCAUGGUCUCACCGAGGCCUUCUAGGAAAGUGAUACCGGAGUGCCCGGCAGUCGUGUGUGAGUGGACAGAUAUUCGAUUUACGAAAAUCGUUACCAAAUCCUGGUUAUUUCGAUCGAAGUGCUUGCUUCGUCUCCAAGCUACAAAGCUGGAAAAAGGCAAUGGUAGUCCCGCUACCAAAAAAAUUAAAGGCGGAAGAAUUCAAAGACUUACGUGCAAAAAGCAUUCUACCGGCAUUUUGAAAUUUCUGGAGAAGAUUAUUGCGAUGCAGUUGACAGAAUAUAAAGAGGCUAAAGUGGUUUUACCAGAUAUUCAGUCUGGGUUUAGACGAGGCUAUGGAUGCUCAGAUGCACUUCUAAAAAUUACCGAUGACAUUAUAGUGGCAAAGGAUGCAAGUUAUUCAGAUAAUUCUGAGAACUAUUUGAAUUAUUCCUCCUUGAAGUAUAAUGGCCUUGUGGAUUGUCGACCUUCUUGA